UGUGUUUACUCUGUAGAGAAGAAGACUUGAAGCAUGAGUUCAGACACCAACCAAGCUGUGAUCACCACUCCUCCUCCUCCCAGCAUGCCUCACAAAGAGAGGUAUUUUGACCGAAUCAAUGAAAGUGAUCCGGAAUACCUUCGAGAGAGGAACAUGUCUCCUGAUCUACGACAGGACUUCAAUAUGAUGGAGCAGAGGAAGCGAGUCACUCAGAUCCUGCAGAGUCCUGCCUUUCGGGAAGACCUAGAGUGCCUCAUCCAAGAACAGAUGAAGAAAGGCCACGACCCGACCGGAUUGCUAGCGUUACAGCAGAUCGCUGACUACAUCAUGGCCAACUCCUUCACCGGCUUUUCUUCACCUCCCCUGAGUCUUGGCAUGGUCACUCCUAUUAAUGACCUUCCUGGUGCAGACACAUCCUCGUAUGUGAAGGGAGAGAAGCUCACUCGUUGCAAACUCGCCAGCCUGUACAGACUCGCAGAUCUGUUUGGGUGGGCACAUCUGGCAAAUACGUACAUCUCGGUACGAAUAAGUAAGGAGCAAGACCACAUCAUAAUAAUUCCCAGAGGCCUCUCUUUUUCUGAAGCCACAGCCUCCACUCUGGUGAAAGUCAACAUAAUAGGAGAAGUGGUGGACCAGGGGAGUACUAAUUUGAAAAUUGACCACUCAGGAUUCAGUCCCCAUGCUGCAAUCUAUUCAACCCGUCCCGAUGUGAAGUGUGUGAUACACAUCCACACCCUUGCUACAGCAGCUGUGUCUUCCAUGAAGUGUGGAAUCCUUCCAAUUUCCCAAGAGUCUCUCAUCCUGGGAGAUGUAGCCUAUUAUGACUACCAGGGGUCGCUUGAUGAGGAGGAGGAAAGAAUCGAACUUCAGAAAGUUCUGGGUCCAAGCUGUAAGGUGCUGGUCCUCAGGAACCAUGGCGUGGUGGCUCUCGGAGAAACACUUGAGGAGGCUUUCCACUACAUCUUCAAUGUACAGAUGGCCUGUGAGAUUCAGGUGCAGGCUGUAGCAGGGGCAGGGGGAGUGGACAAUCUUCUCAUACUGGAUCUUCAGAAAUACAAAGCUUUCACCCACGGUGUUGCCAUGACUGGAGGAGGCGGUGUGAAUAUGGGUUCCCAUCAGAAGUGGAAAGUUGGCGAGAUUGAGUUUGAAGGGCUCAUGAGAACCCUGGACAACUUGGGCUACAGAACAGGCUGAUACAGGCAUCCUCUAGUUCGAGAGAAGCCUCGGCACAAGAGUGACGUGGAGAUCCCAGCAACCGUGACUGCAUUCUCCUUUGAAGAUGAUAGUGUGCCACUCUCUCCCCUCAAGUACAUGGCACAGAGACAGCAGCGUGAAAAAACAAGAUGGCUGAAUUCUCCAAAUACGUACAUGAAAGUGAAUGUGCCGGAGGAGUCCCGGAACGGGGAAACUAGUCCCAGGACCAAAAUCACGUGGAUGAAAGCAGAGGAUCCCUCUAAAGUUAGUAGUGGAACACCUAUCAAAAUUGAAGAUCCCAAUCAGUUUGUUCCUCUAAACACGAACCCGACUGAGGUGCUGGAGAAGAGAAAUAAGAUUCGGGAACAGAAUCGCUAUGACCUGAAGACAGCAGGGCCACAGUCUCAGCUGCUGGCGGGGAUCGUUGUGGACAAGCCGCCCUCUACCAUGCGGUUUGAAGACGAUGAUCAGGGCCCACCAGCCCCUCCUAACCCAUUCAGUCAUCUCAUGGAAGGAGAACUUGAAGAAUAUACGAAGACAAUCGAGAGAAAGCAGCAAGGCCUGGACGACGCUGAGCAGGAGUCACUGUCAGAUGACGCUGCAUCUGUUUCACAAAUUCAGUCUCAAACUCAGUCACCGCAAAGUGUCCCUGAGAGAUUAGAAGAAAACCACGAGCUGUUUUCCAAGAGCUUCACCUCUGUGGAUGUGCCUGUCAUUGUGAACGGCAAGGACGAGAUGCACGACGUUGAAGACGAGCUCGCUCAGCGCGUCAGCAGGCUCACGACGAGCACCACCAUAGAGAACAUCGAGAUCACCAUCAAGUCCCCAGACAGAACUGAAGAGGUCCUGUCACCCGACGGCUCGCCUUCAAAGUCACCAUCCAAGAAAAAGAAGAAAUUCCGCACACCUUCUUUUCUCAAAAAGAACAAAAAAAAGGAGAAAGUUGAGGCCUAAGUAGUCUUUCUGUAAUUUGUACAUUACAUUGUGGCAUUGCACAGUUAAAUACCAUAUUUUAGUUAAUCGUUAAUAUACGGUGGUAGAGCAUAUUGGGGGUAUAUAGCAAACUGGACUUUAAAACUGGAAAGAGGUUUUACUAAAAGGAAAAAUAUUAUUGAAAACUUUCAAAUUCAUCUCUUUUUCUAUGUCCAAAAGUGACUGACCUUUUCAGCAGCUGCUGGUUUUACUUAGCCCUCCUGUCUUAGAGCACGGUUAGCACUGCUCUUUAACAGACGCUGCCCGGUACUUCAGGCUCUCCAGCGUAGCGUUGGCGAGGAACUGCCAGUGAGCGGGAGAGGUUCCUUCUCCACAGCUGCUUCACUUGCUGAGCAGAUACACUGUUGCCAUGGUUAUGGACUGGACUUUGGGGUCCCCAUUGUUUCCAGGGGCAUUAACGAAAUGCUUUAAAAGCUACAACAAGAAUCUAGAACAUUAGUAUACAUUGGCACAUCAUUUUUUUUAAUGUUUUAUGAAAAGAUUUGUUUGGAAUUUUACUCAUAGUAUGAAAUUCCCUUACCUGGAGUAACUGUUUGCCAAAAAAGUCAUUUUAAUAAACUAUGAUUUUUGAAGAACUUCCUUUUUUAUUAGUUUAGAAAGCCCCUUAUUUUUCAUAGAGGGGAUUUUGUACACAUAAUAUGAGUUAUUUAGUUUAACUCUUGCAAAAAACAAUUUUUGUAUGUUAAAAUGUUUGUAUACCUUCAGUAUAAGGUGUCAUGUGCAUUUAGCCAAUCAGUUAGGAGCAAAGCAUGCCUGAGGCUUCCCCUGCGCGUAAUUCACGAGUCCAGGGACACAGCAUCCAAAGGGAAGGCAUAUGAGGUCUGAAGUCGCGUGUGAACCGUGUAACGGAUUGCGCUUAGUAUCGCUGAUGGAUGAGGAGCAUCUCAUAAGGAGGCGACAAGGUGAAGAGGCUGAAGUGGGAGGGAGAGAGAGGGAGAGGACGGGAGUGGAGAGCGACCUGACAGUAAUGGAGUCCACAGCAGAAUGUGGAGAUCGACUUACGGAAAAUAAGGCCCAAAUUUCUAAAAUCCUACUUCCUGCCAAAAUCAAUGUCUUGGUUGACAUUUGAGUUUUAAAAGAGGUUUAAAGUGUACGUCCUUUUAGAAGGCGGCACUAGAAUAAACCAGCCAGUCCAAUCCCACCAGCGAGAAAACUACCACAUCUUGAUUUUUGCAGACUUAAAAUUUCUUUUAACUUCCUUUCUACUGUAAAUACAAAUUUAAAUCUAGAUUUAAUAUAGUUUUCUCCAUUUUCCCAAGUAAUGUCACAGAUCACUGUAAAUGAAUGAUCCCAAUACUCAGUGAGUGGAAGCAAAACGCCUGGCGGGUAAGCUGGCAUGCAGACAUGACGUUGACUGCAGUGCUCCCUGGGCUGGUUCUGUCUGAGCGUGUGAUGCCGCAGACGUGGCCGUAGACCUCACUAACUACUGGAACCUGUUAAUCUCCGAGUGGGAACGUCGAGUCGGGAACUGUGUGAGGGUUUUAUGUUCUGCAUCAUUUUCGUUGUAUUACACAUGUGUAGACACAGUAACCUGUGAACUGUCCUCUUCCAUAACUUUUAAAGAAAAUAUAUAUAUAUAUAUCUAAAUGAAUGCAGUGUGCAUAAAUAUUUUUUAAACACAGCAGUAAACUAUUGCACCUUUUUGCUAAUGCUUCUCUUUCCUUGCUUUGACAUAAUGAAUGAGCUGUGAACUCAGUAUCCUGUGGAAAAUGUGGAAAAGUUAUCUGACAUUGCUCUUAGAGGUUAUGCUAAUUAAUGUUAAAUCACAAUAAACAGUAUUUUAAAUA